UGUGAUGAGCGUCCCAAGCCCACAUCAGCGUUGCCCUGGAACCUACAAGAAACACCUGCUCACCACUCAUCACGAGCUGAGUGGCCACACCUGCAGCUCGUCAGCUCCGCUGCAUUUAAGCUGCAGGUUCAGAAGGAACAAGGAGGCCCCCUGGAGAAGAUGUAAGGCUAAACCCUCUUGUGUGCGCUUGUCUCUCUAGGAAGCAGCGAGUGACCCGGCAGAACCCCUGGAGCACUGCACCGACUCCCCCACGAGCGGAUUUACCACGAGCACCAGGGUCCGCAGAACCUCGCAAGCUGGACCUCUCCUAAUUAAACGGCAGCCACUCCUUUCCCGGCGACAUGGAUGAAGUCAUUGCACGCCUAACGGAGAUCAGCAUGCGCCAGCAACAGAUAACUGAACAUCUGGCGACGCGACAAGGGCAAACUGAACAAGAGUUAAAUGAACUGCGCACGGCUGCUGCACGACAUGUCCCACUACCUGAUCCCAGAAUGAAGGUGACCCAGCUGUUGCCGAAGUUGACAGCUGAUGACUAUGUGGAAUCCUUUCUCCAAAUGUUCGAGAAUACCGCAACCCAGGAGGGCUGGGACCCUGGUGACUGGGCACGCUUGGUCGCACCCCUCCUCACGGGGGAAGCCCAGCGGGCAUACUUCAUGCUGCCAACUGAACGGGUAGACGACUACAAGGAGCUAAAAAGGGAAAUCCUGGCUCGGCUGGGCCUCUCACCAGUCUGCGCUGCACAGUAUUUCCAUGACUGGGAGUAUAGGCCCCGCCUCCCUGCCCGGGCCCAGGCCGCAGAAUUAUCGCGUCUCGCGCAGCAUUGGCUGCUGGAAGGAGAUCCCACAGCCGCCCUUGUGACAGAGCGUGUUGUCGUCGAUCGGUUCCUCCGUGCCCUCCCGAGAUCCCCUCGUCAAGCCGUCGGUAUGCGGAACCCUAGCACGAUUACUGAGCUUGUCGAAGCUGUGGAACUGGCGGAGGCUGUCCAACACCAGGGUGCUGGAGAACGAGCUCCGCCGUUUCCCCGGAGGGUGAUCCAGGAGCGACGCAGGCCAGAGGGCAACCCGCGGUCUGAAGGCAGGCCGGGGCCUCCUUCUCAAAGAGACGAAUCAAUGCCCACCGCAGACCCCACACCGGCUCCAAGAACCUGGCUAGCGGGCUGUAUCCUACAUCAGGAUUUGCCAAAAGGGGCGCCGAGGGUGGACGUAGAAGUCGAUGGCCGCCCGUUCGCAGCUCUUCUGGAUACCGGCAGCGCGGUCAGUUUGAUCCAGUCUCAUAUCCUCUCGCCCCGCAGACUAACCAAGGCUACCAUCCCGGUCACCUGCGUGCAUGGAGACACGCGACAUGUUCCAACCAGGAGAGUGACCAUCUCCGCUGGCCCUGACUCAUGGCCGAUGGACGUGGGCCUAGUGAAGGAUCUGCCGGUACCAGUCCUUAUCGGUAGAGACUGGCCGGGCUUGGAUCGCCUGCUGGCCGCGAACGUGCCAUUUGCCAGUCCUCGACGGGCCCACCUCCAAAGGCGGCCAGGAAAAAGAACCCGUCAUCGUCCCGUCUUGCUGGCCUCCGACAGCGGGAGAGAUGGUGAGUCCCCACCCCCUCAUUCUAACCUUUACCAUGACCUUUUCCAACAGGUGACAGGAGGCGGGUCGUUUGCCAGGGAACAACGGGAAGACGACCGCCUAAAGCACUGCUGGGCUCAGGUGCGCAUGGUUGAGGGAAAAGAAACUCAACCGGGGCCCCAUCCUCUCCCGCAUUUUGUCGUCCAAAACGGCCGGCUCUAUUGUGUUGCACAGCGAAGGGGGGAAGAGAAGAAGUUGUUGGUGGUACCCCGAACAAAGACAGAGACGGUCUUAGAGCUGGCACACUCCCAUCCCUUGGCGGGCCACCUUGGAGCCAACAACACCAUUCAGCGGGUCCGUGACCGAUUCCACUGGCCAGGAUUGGACGCCGAGGUGAAACGAUUCUGCCAGGCCUGCCCCACUUGUCAGAGAACAUCUCCACGGACCCCUCCCCCCAGCCCACUGAUUCCACUGCCGGUCAUUGAGGUACCCUUUGAGCGCAUUGGAAUGGAUCUCGUAGGGCCAUUGCCUAAGUCGGCCCGGGGGCAUGAACACAUCCUCGUCAUUGUGGAUUACGCCACCCGGUAUCCUGAAGCAGUGCCUCUUAGGAAAGCCACGGCCAAGGCCAUCGCCAAGGAGCUCUUCCUUCUCUAUAGCCGGGUGGGCAUCCCCGCCGAAAUCCUGACAGACCAGGGAAGCCCUUUCAUGUCCCGGCUAAUGGCUGACCUGUGCGCCCUCCUUAAAGUGAAACAACUGAGGACCUCUGUCUACCACCCCCAGACAGACGGUCUCGUGGAACGCUUCAACCAGACCCUGAAGCUGAUGUUACGGCGGGUCGCAGAUGAAGACAAGCGGGACUGGGACCUCAUGCUCCCCUACGUGCUCUUCGGAAUACGGGAGGUGCCUCAGGCGUCGACAGGCUUCACCCCGUUCGAGCUCUUAUUCGGACGCCAGCCCAGAGGCCUCCUGGACGUGGCCAAAGAGGCGUGGGAACAUCAGCCGGCCCCCCAUCGCUCGGUGGUAGAGCAUGUGAAGGAGAUGAGGGAAAAGAUCGACCGGGUCAUGCCGCUAGUCCGGGAACAUCUCGUCAAGGCCCAACAGGCGCAGCAACGGUAUUACAAUCGAGCCGCCCAGCCACGAGAGUUUCAGCCAGGAGACCGGGUCAUGGUUCUUGUCCCCAACUCCGCCUGUAAGUUCCUGGCCAGUUGGCAGGGCCCGUACACCGUCAUCGAGAAGGUUGGGCCGGUCACGUAUCGUGUCCGACAGCCAGGCCGGCGAAGAACAGAGCAGCUCUACCACAUUAAUUUGUUGAAGAAAUGGGUGGGGACAAGGGACCAGCUCGCUGCCCUCGCCACCAUCGACUCGCCGGUAGUGGACAUGGACGCCCAGCUGUCGGCAGCCCAGAAGUCAGAGCUGCAGCACCUGGUCUCUCAGUUCUCGCAUGUGUUCUCCUCCAACCCCGGGCGGACCCAGAUCCUCCAACAUGAGAUCCACACACCACCCGGAGUGGUCGUCAGGCAACGGCCCUACCGAAUCCCAGAGGCUCGUCGGAAGGCUAUUGAGGAGGAAGUCCAACACAUGCUGAAGUUGGAGGUGAUUGAACCAUCCAAAAGCCCUUGGUCCAGCCCGGUUGUCAUGGUACCAAAACCGGAUGGCACCCUCCGCUUCUGUAACGACUUCCGGCGCCUAAAUGAAGUGUCUGAGUUUGACGGAUACCCCAUGCCUCGAGUGGAUGAGCUCCUUGAACGUCUGGGAAGGGCCCGGUAUAUCUCCACCCUAGAUCUGACCAAAGGGUAUUGGCAGGUGCCCCUUUCCGAAACAGCCAAACCCAAGACGGCUUUCACUACCCCCAGUGGACACUGGCAAUACCGGACCCUUCCCUUUGGCCUACACGGAGCUCCGGCCACCUUCCAACGGAUGAUGGACAUCUUGUUGAGGCCUCACCGGUCCUAUGCCGCAGCGUACCUGGAUGAUGUAGUUAUCCACUCCGAGACUUGGGAAGACCACCUAAAUCGGUUGCGGAGGGUGCUACUGGAGCUGCGCAGGGCUGGACUCACCGCCAACCCCCGAAAAUGCCAUCUGGGCCUGUCUGAGGCGAACUAUCUGGGUUUCCAGGUGGGAAGAGGAGUCAUCAGACCCCAGGAAAAGAAGGUUGAGGCAGUCCGCGCCGCCCCAAGACCCAGUACAAAGUCCCAGGUACGAGCCUUCUUGGGGUUGGCGGGUUAUUAUCGAUGUUUUAUACCUAACUUCUCCUCUUUAGCCUCCCCUCUGACAGACCUAACCAGGAAGGGUCAGCCAGAGAAAAUCAACUGGACGCCCGAAGCUGAGGAGGCAUUGAGAAAAAUAAAGAUGGCAUUGACGGCAGAGCCGGUCCUAAGAGCGCCAGAUUUUGGCUGUCCUUUCCUGCUGCAAACAGAUGCGUCCGAUACAGGACUGGGAGCCGUCCUGUCCCAGAUUCAGGAAGAUGAGGAGCAUCCUGUCUUGUACCUCAGCCGGAAGCUGACCCCGGCCGAAAAAAACUACGCCGCGGUGGAGAAGGAAGCUCUGGCCAUCAAGUGGGCAGUUCUGGAAUUACGGUAUUACCUCCUAGGCAGGCGAUUCACUCUCUUUACAGACCAUGCGCCCCUCCAGUGGAUGGCCCGCGCCAAGGACACGAACGCCAGGGUGACACGGUGGUUCCUGGCACUCCAGGACUUCCACUUUGAAGUCCGGCACCGUGCCGGAGCAGCAAACUCUAAUGCGGACGGCCUUUCUCGGAUCUGGUCGGCUUUUGAAGCAGCGAGUGACCCGGCAGAACCCCUGGAGCACUGCACCGACUCCCCCACGAGCGGAUUCACCACGAGCACCAGGGUCCGCAGAACCUCGCAAGCUGGACCUCUCCUAAUUAAACGCGGGGACUUGCACCCCAAAGAGACGUUCCUUACGGGAGACACCACCAUCCUGUACUUUGACAGUUCUCUAACCAGAGCCUCGUCCCCGAUGAACGGAGGGACGUUGGAAAAGGAUGACUCUCACCGCCGGUGA